UUCCCCUGCCCUCACUCCCCCUGCGUCUGCCCCGUGCCGGGUUUCCUGUUUAAGAUGGCGUCCCCCGCGGUAACGCAGGCCGGGAAGCUUCUGCGAGCCCUAGCGCUGCGGUCCCGCUUCCUGGCGGCCGCGUCCCAGGCUUAGAAAUGCUUGCUCUAUCAAAGAAACACAAGAAGGAAGAGAGUGAUGGCAAGGAUAUUGUACAAGUCCAAAGGCAGUUCAAUUAACUUCCAGAAGAUGGCUGAACCUGCAGGAAUACCAGAGCAAGAAACUGAUGUCUGACAACGGAGUGAAAGUUCAAAGAUUCUUUGUGGCAGACACUGCGAAUGAAGCUCUCGAGGCUGCUAAGAAACUAAAUGCAAAAGAAAUUGUUUUAAAAGCCCAGAUUUUAGCUGGAGGAAGAGGAAAAGGUGUCUUCAAUAGUGGUUUGAAGGGAGGUGUUCAUUUAACUAAAGACCCUAAUGUUGUGGGACAGCUGGCUAAACAGAUGAUUGGGUACAAUCUAGCGACCAAACAAACUCCAAAAGAAGGUGUGAAAGUUAACAAGGUGAUGGUUGCUGAAGCCUUGGACAUUUCCAGAGAAACCUACCUAGCAAUCCUGAUGGACCGGUCCUGCAAUGGCCCGGUGUUGGUGGGCAGCCCGCAGGGGGGUGUCGACAUUGAAGAGGUGGCUGCUUCAAAUCCAGAGCUCAUUUUUAAGGAGCAAAUUGACAUUUUUGAAGGAAUAAAGGACAGCCAAGCUCAGCGGAUGGCAGAAAAUCUAGGCUUUGUUGGGCCUUUGAAAAGCCAGGCUGCAGAUCAAAUUACGAAGCUGUAUAAUCUCUUCCUGAAAAUUGAUGCUACUCAGGUGGAAGUGAAUCCCUUUGGUGAAACUCCAGAAGGACAAGUUGUCUGUUUUGAUGCCAAGAUAAACUUUGAUGACAACGCAGAAUUCCGACAAAAAGACAUAUUUGCUAUGGACGACAAAUCAGAGAAUGAGCCCAUUGAAAAUGAAGCUGCCAAAUAUGAUCUGAAAUACAUAGGACUAGAUGGGAACAUUGCCUGCUUUGUGAAUGGUGCUGGGCUCGCCAUGGCUACUUGUGAUAUCAUUUUCCUGAAUGGUGGGAAGCCAGCCAACUUCUUGGAUCUUGGAGGUGGUGUAAAGGAAGCUCAAGUAUAUCAAGCAUUCAAAUUGCUCACAGCUGAUCCUAAGGUUGAAGCCAUCCUUGUCAAUAUUUUUGGUGGUAUCGUCAACUGUGCCAUCAUUGCCAAUGGGAUCACCAAAGCCUGCCGGGAGCUGGAACUCAAGGUGCCCCUGGUGGUCCGGCUUGAAGGCACCAAUGUCCAUGAGGCCCAGAAGAUACUCAACAACAGUGGACUCCCCAUUACUUCAGCUGUCGACCUGGAGGAUGCAGCCAAGAAGGCUGUGGCCAGCGUGGCCAAGAAGUGAUGUCUUUGUCCUGAUGUGAUGGAGAAAGAAAGCCAUUUUUGCAUAAAAAGGAUGGUUCAUCAUUGUGAAAGAAAUGGUUAUCUCAUUGGGGAAAAGAAAACGGGGAAAAGGCAAAAUCUUAAAUCUGUGUUUUCUGGAAUACGCUAUCUACACAGCCUAAAUCUGAUUUUUACUUAGUCUUUAUAAAAAUAAUGUCUCGUGUUCUCAUACUUUGCUGUCACUGUAAGCCUGCUCAGUAGGCAGUGUUUUGCAGACUUUGGGGAGCGGUUCAUGUUGCCAAAUACUGUGUGUAUAGGCAGAAUUUGAAAUCAGAUCCUGCUUCAUUUACAAGAAUUUUGGGGGGCUUCUAAUCUUACAUAGGGAAAAAAACACCAUUUCAAAACUCAAACAAGAUUAUAUUUAAUAUAUUAACUACUAAAAAGCCACAAGAUUACAUUGUACAUGUUAGCUACUAAAAAGGCACUGCCAAGACAUUCAAGCAAAUAGCUCUUACAAACUGCAGCAGUUUUUACAGGCUUCUAAUUCCAACGUAUGUUUGAAAAAUCUGUAAGUGUUCCAAAAUAUAUUUAAUAGUGGAAGGUCUGCAUUAAUAUACUAUCCAUGUGUUUUUACCAUUUGCCUUAAUAUUGAAUAUACUGUUUACCUCACACUAAAAAGAAAACCCGAAGCCUUAUUUGUGAUAUUGGAUUAGAAGCUUCCAUUUUUGUGUCAAAAAUGAAGAAUCCUGAUUCUCAUGGAAACCUCUGUAAUUAAGUCAUUUCAAGAUGAGACAGCACUGAAGAUCACAUUGUGUUGGGUAUCACUAUCUUCUCUCCUUAUCUCUUUCUCCUCACCCUCCCAGUAUCUACCAGUUUAUGGUAGAAAAAUGGGAACUUUAUUCGAAGGGAAUAUGGUUUUUGUUUCCAUGAUGUCCAUUUUUGUUGUGUGUAGAAAAGGAUUUGGAUAAGUUUUUGUUUAAAUUUUGGUAGAUUUUUAUCUAUACAAAUUUAAAUAAAAUUCUGUUUUGUAAGCCGUAA